AGCAGCAGCAGGGUGAGGACAGAGCAUCCCUCCAUCCUUCUCUCUGGGAAAAACAACAACACUGCUUUUUCAAUUAUUGAAGCCGUACAAAGCCCGUUACAUAAUUUAACAUAAUCAAAGCCGAGAUAUUGUGGAGAUACAGCGCGCCCCGUCACCAGGAGAGCUUGGUGUGAAAGCAGACGGACCGUUUCAGCACCUUGGACAGCGACCAUGGCUCCAAUUGUGGAGGAAGGAGCUCAGCUCGUGGCAGUGCCAGUGGGUGUUGCUGUUGUGAGUGUCUUCGGCCUUGUCUUCACUGUGUCAGCCUUUGCAUGGAUCUGUUGCCAGCGUAAAAACACCAAAUCCCAGAAGACACCUCCCUACAAGUUCGUGCACAUGCUCAAAGGGGUCGACAUCUACCCAGAGAGCCUCAGCGGCAAGAAGAAGUUUGCUGCACCUGCUUCCACGACAACUAACGACACCAGUAAAACUGAUGUUAAUGGAAACUGCCACACUGCGACGCCAAUGAGUCCAAAUGGCACCAGUAAACUGGUGUCAAGUCCAAACGGUUCUAGACCGGCUCUUCAUCUGGAUCUGGAGAAACGGGAUCUGAAUGGCAACUUUACCACCAAACCAUUUCAUCAUCACCACCAGAAGGUGCGCAGCUCCCCAGACCUGGAGCUGCCUUCUCCUCAUGCAGGGUUCACCCAACCUGGAGUGAUGGACCGCCGUGACCUCCCUUCCCCGUCCAGCACCCUCUCCAGCCAGGCGCCCACCCCGGCUGUGGACAAGCCCCACGGAGAGGAGAAGGAGGGCGGACUAGGAACCCUCCAUUUCGCCCUGGAAUACCAACCAGAGAGGAAAGCAUUCAUUGUCCAUAUCAAGGAAGCCCACGGCCUGACCCCAACUGAUGAACAGUCGCUGACCUCUGACCCUUACAUCAAGCUGACCCUGCUCCCAGAGAAGAAGCACAGGGUGAAGACCAGAGUCCUGAGGAAGACCCUGGACCCCGCCUUCGACGAGACUUUCAGCUUCUACGGGAUCCCACUGGCCCGAGUGUCGGAGUUGGCCCUUCACUUCAUGGUCCUGAGCUUUGAUAGAUUCUCCCGUGAUGAGGUCAUAGGCGAGACCCUUGUACCCUUGUCUGGGAUCGACUUAUCGGAGGGGCGUGUCUUGAUGAGCAGAGAGAUCAUCAAGAAGAAUGUCAAGAAGUCCUCAGCCCGAGGCGAGCUCCUGCUCUCCCUCUGUUACCAGUCCACCACCAACACUCUGACUGUGGUUGUCCUCAAAGCUCGCCACCUGCCCAAGACUGAAAACAAUGGACCUACAGAUCCGUAUGUCAAGGUUAACAUGUACCAAGGGAAGAAGCGUGUGUGCAAGAAGAAAACCCACGUGAAGAAGUGCUCUCCCAACCCUGUCUUCAACGAGCUCUUUGUCUUUGAUCUGCCCUCUGAUGAGGGUCUGAGGGACACCAGCGUGGAGCUGCUGCUGCUGGACUCUGACACAGGCAACUCACGCUGCCCCAACACCGUCCUCGGACGCCUGGUGCUGGGCACGUCGGUGGCAGGCACGCCCGGCGAGCACUGGAGAGAGAUCUGCGACCACCCGCGUCGCCAGAUUGCCAAGUGGCACGCCUUGUCAGAGGAUUAGAGCGCCGGAGUGUUGGUGGAUUCUGUCAAAAUCACAAGAAGAUUGGAAUGAGGAUGGGCGGGAUUUAACAUCCUGCUCACCAAUACCCAUUGGACUUUCAGUGAGGGCGGGUGGGAAACAAGGGGGAGGGAACUUUGAUGUUAUGGGGAGGGUCAUUUGAAGUGAUGUCGUCAUUCACUCAAUCAUUCACUCACUUAUCUUUGAAGUUAUUGGGGUUCAGCGGGGAGGGCGGGGCAUGACAAAGAGAACCCCAUAGCUUUAAAUGAUCCCAAAGACUGUCACCGAAAAUCACCUGGUAACAUGCAACAUCAUCUCCAUGGCAACAACACUGUAACCGUGUGCAGUGCAGAAUGUCUUAAAUGUCGCUAUUACUCUUCUUCUUUUCUUCCUCUGCUCCUUCUUCUUCUCUUUCUUCAGCUCUUCUUUAUAUAAAUAGUAACCUAGUCCAUCAUAGGAAAACCAGAAUGAACAACAUCUGACAAUGCUGUAAAAAAUGUGGAUUAUUAAAGUUUAUUUUAUAACAACAAUGUUUUCUUCAUAAAGAUGUAGAUUGUUUUUAUUUAUGU